AUGGAACACAGGGGUCACCCCCGGCCCGACCCCGUCCACCGCUCUUACAGAACUAAAGACAGAGACAGGUAUUCUCAGCAGGACAGGGGCCAAAGCUACCAACCGCCAAACCCGCAAGAGAGAGACAGGCACUGGGCUCAGACGGAUGCCCGCUACAGGGCUCACUACACCAGUCCACCUGCUAGACCGGAGCAGUAUCCUCACAACGCUCAGCAGUAUCCUCACAACGCUCAGCAGUAUCCUCACAACGUUCAGCAGUAUCCUCAUGGCUACGGCCAUCCGGAAAUCCAAAGACCCCAGUCCAGGCAUGGGUAUGACCAUCCACCCCACAGCCACUGGGACUACAGAGACCACUAUGGUUACUAUGACCAAGACUACUACAGGGGACAGCGUGGCCAACAAGAUGCCGGCCCGUGGGGGGUCCAGGACUCCUCGAGGACGGCCCCUUAUCAUGAUGGAUCCUCCAAGCAGGAGCACUCAGGGAACUCCUACACUGCAGAGCACAGGUAUGACCAAGGCCGAGGCGACUCCCAACAGUACCUCAACCACUACGAGGAGAAUCCCUCCAGAGACAACGAUGAGGUGUCCUCUUACCUGGGGGCAUUGGAAAGCUCCAAAAACUCUGGGCUGUCCUCCAGCAGCUAUGAGCUGAGUCAGUACAUCAACGGAGCGGAGCACGGCGAGCCCAUCCACCAAUCCGUCCACACGUCUGACGCAGAGCACUCGCGGAUGCAUCUGAUGUCAGCACCACUGAAGUACUCGAUCCCUCAUGUGGUAGUGAGCUUCGGGCCGGCGGGCCAGCUGAUACGGGUCACUCCAGGCUUGUCCACGCAGGAGAACGUCAGCCAGCUGGAAGUCCACAGUCUGGAAGUCAUUCUGGGUGAGACAAAGGACCAGCAGGAGAUGAGAAACUUCCCAGGGCCCUUAACCAGGGAAGAUCUGCACAAAGUGGAUGCCUUAGAGUUCGCCCACCAGAGGGCCGGCGCCUGCAUGAGUGGCAACGAGCUGCAGGAUAAGAGCUCUGCUGCCCUCCUGUGGAGUCUACUGAUCCUGCUCUGCAGACAGAAUGGACAAAUAGUUGGCUCGGAUAUCGCAGAGCUGCUGAUGCAGGGCUCACAUUCCGAUGGAAGCUGGGAGUCAGAGGCUCCCACACUCAUUGACUUUAGUGACGGUGCAACUGCUGAAGCACAAACUCGCAAGGGAGAUGACCUGCUCACGGGAGAGUGGAGCAGCUUCAGCUCUGAGACCUCUAGGAAGGCCCUGCAGAGCUACACUCAACUGCUGCUGGCUGGGAGAAAGAAGGAGGCUUUGGAGUCCGCUAUGAGCAGCGGCCUGUGGGGGCAUGCACUGUUUCUGGCCAGCAAAAUGGACAACAGGUCCUACACCACUGUGCUGAACAGGUUCACAGGCCAGCUAACGGCCAGUGAUCCCCUCCAGACCCUCUUCCACCUGCUGACUGGGAGAAUCCCUGUUGUAUCCAUGUUCUGUGGCAAUGAAAAAUGGGGCGACUGGAGGCCCCAUCUUGCUGUUAUGCUCUCCAACGAGACGGGAGAUCCAGCCGUCCAGCAGAAGGCCAUCGUCACCAUGGGAGACACCCUCGCCUCCAAAGGCCUUGUACAUGCUGCCCAUCUGUGCUACCUGACGGCCGGAGUUCCCUUCGGGGGAUUCAAUCAGAAGGCAGAGAGACUGGUGCUUCUGGGCAGCAGCCACAGGCAAUCCUUUAAAUACUUUGCCACGAACCUCGCCAUUCAGUGCACUGAAUUGUAUGAAUACUGCCAGACCCUUGGGGGCAGAGGCCUUUCACUACCACCCUUUCAGGUGUAUAAGUUCCUGUAUGCCAGUCGACUGCUGGACUGUGGCCUUGCAUCGCAGGCCUUUCAUUACUGCGAGGUGGUGGGACGGGCGAUCCUCAGAGAGAGGGAGUCUUCCUUUGUGCUGACUGGAGAGGUUAUCAAGCUGUCAGACAGGCUGAGACACUCCGAGGGUGAGUUCAGUGAAGCAGGUGUUAGCGGAGCCGGGCAGGAACCCGACUGGCUCAGACAGCUGCGUGCCAGGCACCACGGUUUACAGAUGGGGAGUUACACCUGUCCUGAAACAUUCCAGUCACCUCCUGAGGGAAGCGCUUUGGCCGAAGAGGAUGACAACAUGUCCUUAGAAUCGCACUUGGAUGACCUAAGCCGUGACAUCCAGAGUCCAGAGCCAGAACUCCUUUAUUACACAGGCACUGGGCAGCAAGCGAGCCUUGAGCGCCAAGUGGAAAGACUCACGGAGGAAUUGAAUGUAUUGUCAUGGGAUGAUAACGGAGCUCAGGACGGGUACGAAAGGCCACACGCCAAUUCUCCAAUGCCGGUACCGCUGGUUUAUGCUCCCCCAGCGCCCACAGGGACUGAGAGCCAAGCCUUUAGUUAUCAUAGCAGCGAUAGUGCUGUCAGAGACACCUCGCCACAUUGUCCUUCAGCAGCAGAGGGGGCUGGGUCGUCCUAUGGAGCAGGCCUGAUGGGGCUUCAAAUGCUUGAGGUAAACAUCAGUCAGCAGGGUCAAUGCCAGCAGAGCGUCGGGCAAGGUUUAGGGGGCUCCGAGCAGACCAGCGAACCUCCUGAACAGAGCACCAAAGCCGGCUGGUUUAGCGGUUGGUUCAAGUCGAAGCCCAAAGAUGUUCACGAGGAGAGUUCAGAGCAGAGAAGCCCGGCUCAGAUAGAGCAACCACCGACCACCGGCUUCUGUCCUCCUCCCCCGCCUGCAAUGUUUUCAUCUCAGCCUUCCUCGGCUGGCAUCAACCCCUUUUCAAGGAAAGCAGGACAGCAGCUGGGGUAG